AACACAUUGACUUGAUCUAAGCAGAUUAACAAUUGCUUUCCUGUUGAUUUGCAUGGCGAGCCCUAUGUCUAAUAUUUAGACAUGAAGGGCUUUGUUCAUGUAGGUUGUUUUUUCCUCCUUGUUAUAUUACAAGUGCCACUAAUAUUAGCAGCAAUAGCUGAUGUAUGCACAUAUGAAGAUUUGGAAUAUAAUGACAGGGAUAUUUGGAAACCGGAGCCCUGCAAGAUCUGUGUGUGUGACAGUGGAAACGUCCUCUGUGAUGACAUAAAUUGUGACAACAUAGACUGCCCUGACGCUGAGAUCCCCUUUGGAGAAUGCUGUCCAAUAUGUCCAACCCCUUUUCCAACACCAAAUCCUAAUGGCAAUUCAAUUAACAGAGGACCUAAGGGAGAUCCAGGUCCACCUGGUCCACCUGGAAGUAAUGGCUACCCUGGCCCUCCUGGACCUCCCGGACCUCCUGGACUUCCAGGAUACCCAGGAUCGUCUGGUGCAAUCACCUAUCCUCAAACUAAAUAUGGAUGGAGUGGCAAGAAUAGCAAGUACAGCCCAAGUAUUAUCUCUCCUCCAGGCCCUCCAGGAGUAAGAGGUCCACCUGGCCCUCCUGGACCACCUGGUCCUCAAGGUUACCCAGGGGGAGCGGGUGAGACUGGACCACCUGGUGCUAGGGGUCAACCAGGUCCUCCAGGUCCAUAUGGUCCUCCUGGACCAACAGGGAAGGAUGGUUCACCCGGCCAUCCAGGAAAAGAUGGGAACAGAGGAGCACAAGGUCUGCCGGGUCCUCCUGGUCUUUCUGGAAGACUUGGCAUGCCUGGAAUUAAAGGACAUAGAGGUUUCAAUGGACGUGAUGGUAGCAAAGGUGAAGCAGGAACUCCAGGCCCAAAGGGAGAUCCAGGUUCCCCUGGAAACAAAGGCUUGCCCGGAUAUGCGGGUCCUCGUGGUCCACCUGGUGAGAGAGGACACAAUGGGUCUCCUGGAACACCUGGUGGACGAGGUGAGGAUGGUCGUCCUGGUAAAGAUGGUACCCCUGGCAGACCUGGGAAUCCUGGGAAUCCUGGUCAUGCCGGUCAUCCAGGACCUAAGGGUGAUCCUGGUGAAAAAGGUUCUCCAGGUUCUAAUGGUACUCCAGGACUUAGAGGUCAGCCAGGCGUUGGUGGUGCUCCUGGAAACCCAGGCAAACCUGGGAAUCCUGGAAAAGAUGGAUCAUCUGGUUCACCAGGGUUUCAGGGUCCUCCUGGAAUACCUGGGCAACGUGGUGGGAUAGGUCCAAUUGGUCCCCCAGGUCCUGCAGGAGCUAAUGGAGUUCCAGGUACUAAAGGGCUUCCAGGUGAAGCUGGAAAACCUGGUUCAACGGGUCACCCUGGAGAAAAGGGUGAAGCUGGCACACCUGGACAACCUGGUCACGCUGGCCCUGCUGGUAAUGAUGGUAAACCAGGUCCACCUGGUGAAAGUGGGCCAGUUGGUCCAAUUGGUCCAACUGGCCCAAAGGGUUUUCCUGGACCUCCAGGCUUCCGGGGUCCACCUGGCGGUCCUGGGGAAAAGGGUUCACCAGGAGAAACCGGCCCACCAGGCCCAAUUGGACAUAGAGGAGUUAAUGGUGAACCAGGUCGUCCUGGAGAUGCUGGCAUCCCUGGCGAAAGAGGACGUCCAGGCCCCCCAGGACGGCCUGGUGGUGAUGGAAAAAUUGGACCACAAGGUCCUUCUGGAGAUCGGGGUCCUUCGGGUCCAUCUGGUCCUACUGGACCAAGGGGACCACCAGGUGUCAUGGGUUUCCGUGGUCCAAAGGGCACUAAUGGAUUGCCUGGUAAGGAUGGAUCUCCUGGCCCGUCGGGUGUUCCUGGUCACCAGGGUCUCCCGGGAAAACCUGGAGAGACUGGCCCUGCAGGUCCUGCUGGACCACCUGGUGCAAAUGGUGAACCAGGAAUGAGAGGCCCUCCAGGAGCUCAUGGUCCUCAGGGUACAAUGGGUGUUCCAGGCCCACCUGGUCAAAAUGGCAAACCUGGUGAAGUGGGACCUCGUGGUGAAAAUGGUGAGCCAGGAACACCUGGCACAAAAGGUGAUGUGGGUGCAGUAGGUGAGCGUGGACCCCCAGGUCCCAUUGGGCCUCCCGGGAACCAAGGCCCUUCUGGUGGUCGUGGAUUGGAUGGAGCCAAGGGUUCUGCUGGGUUUCCAGGUCCAGCAGGCAUACGUGGCCCUCCGGGACUGCAAGGUAUGCCAGGUGAAAGAGGUCUUCCAGGUUUCCAUGGUCCAAAAGGUGAAAAGGGAGGUCUUGGUUCUCCAGGUCCUGGUGGUACACCAGGCAAAGAUGGCGGUCCAGGCCCACAAGGUCCCACAGGUGGACAAGGUCAACCAGGUGCUCCAGGAGAGAGGGGUGAUUUCGGUCCUGCUGGUCCUCCUGGACCUACUGGAUCUCGGGGCGUACCGGGUGAACGAGGAGAAGCUGGUCCACCCGGCAAAGUUGGAUUUCCUGGACUUCCUGGUCAUGAUGGGCCGACUGGUCCUCAAGGGUCUGAUGGCAAGCCCGGUCCAAAAGGUGAAAAGGGACCUACUGGUAUUCCAGGGCCAGGUGGUUCUCCUGGUCGAAUGGGCCCCCCUGGAAACGUGGGUCCAAAGGGUGAUAGGGGAUCACCAGGCAAUCCUGGUGGUCCUGGUUUGUCUGGUCUGCCUGGUCCGCCUGGUCUGCCCGGUCCGCCUGGUUCAAUGGGUAAUGCUGGUCCUCCUGGUUCCCAGGGCCCACCUGGUAAAACAGGCCCUCCUGGUGCAAUAGGUAAAACUGGUCCCCCUGGUCCAAAUGGAUCACCUGGUUACAAAGGAGAACCUGGUAUCCCAGGGCAGCCAGGUCAGACUGGCAAAGAUGGUCCUCCAGGCCCACGUGGAGGCCCAGGCCCUUCAGGCAUAACAGGAGAGACUGGCCGCAUAGGCUUACCUGGUUUACCGGGGACUAGAGGCGAACCAGGUAAAGAUGGUUCAUCAGGUGAGGCUGGGAAACCGGGUAAGCCUGGUCUUGCUGGUGAACGAGGUCCUCCUGGUCAACAGGGACCACCAGGCCCUGUGGGACAUACUGGUCCACCUGGCAACAAUGGUGGCCCUGGUCCAGCUGGCCCUCCUGGUCGAAAUGGAAGCCCUGGUCCGAAGGGUGAGCGUGGUGAUACUGGGCCGUCAGGCUAUCAAGGUUUACCGGGAGCUCCUGGACCUCCUGGUCAGCCUGGUUCAUCUGGCAAACCAGGUGAUAGCGGUUCAAUGGGUCCUCCAGGCCCACAGGGUCCUCCAGGCCUAAAUGGGGCACAAGGAGAGAGGGGCCUACCAGGUCCACCUGGUGGUAAAGGUGAAGAUGGAAGACCUGGUAUGAAUGGUAUCAAGGGUCACCGGGGAAUGCCUGGUAUGCCGGGUUCCCCAGGGCCUCCUGGUAAUACUGGGGAACCAGGUCCAUCUGGAAUUCCUGGAGGUCAAGGUCCAAGAGGUCCAGCAGGUCCACCUGGCGCCCCUGGCAAAGACGGUAACAAUGGCUUUACCGGCCCUAUUGGGCCUCCUGGUCCACGUGGUACACGGGGAGAACCUGGCCCCAGUGGCCCUCCUGGUAAAGAUGGUCCUAUGGGACUUCCUGGUCCACCAGGUCCACCUGGCUAUAUUCCGCCCGUACCAUCAUCCGAAAAGGGUUUUGUGUAUCAGGACGGGUACUACAUGAAUGCCGAUCAGCCCAGUGAAUCUGUAAAGGUGAACCUUGAAGAAAUAGUGGUUACUCUGAAAUCCCUAAACAGCCAAAUGGAGACUGUGCUGACACCAGACGGAUCCCAUAAAAGCCCAGCACCCAGUUGCCGAGAUUUAAAAAUUUGCCAUCCUGACUUCAAGAGUGGAGAGUACUGGAUUGAUCCUAAUCAAGGCUGCAAAAUGGAUGCCAUCAAGGUACACUGCAACAUGGAUACUGGUGAGACCUGUGUGUCUUCCAAUCCCAGCAACAUCCCUCGCAAGAACUGGUGGGCAAACCAAGAUGGUCACAGCAAGAAGCAUGUGUGGUUUGGUGACUCCAUGGAUGGUGGUUUCCAUUUUAGCUAUGGUUACAACGGAGUGUCUGAAGAUAUUGUUGAAACCCAAAUAGCAUUCCUUCGAAUUCGAUCUACUCAAGCUUCCCAGAAUAUCACCUACCACUGUAAGAACAGUAUUGCCUACAUGGACUAUGAAAACGGAAAUGUCAAAAAAGCCUUAAGACUAAUGAGUACAGCUGAUAUGGAACUCAAAGCUGAAGGAAACAGGAAAUUUGCAUACAACGUCCUGGAAGAUGGUUGUACUAACCAUACAGGAGAAUGGGGCAAGACUAUCUUUGAGUAUCGAUCACGGAAAACAGUUCAUCUGCCAAUUGUAGACAUUGCUCCUUUCGAUAUUGGUGGCAAGGAUCAGGAAUUUGGUGUUGACAUUGGGCCUGUCUGCUUCUUGUAACACUGAAGACAGUUUGAACAGUCACUUGCAGCACAAAACCAAAAAAGGGCUGAUUCCUUACGACACUGCACUUAACUUGCUUAUGUUUGGAGCUACCAGGAUGACAAGUUCUAAAUCAUUUGAUUAUUUUGAUAGAAGUUAUAGGACAUAUCAGAAAACGGAAUAAAAAACAAAAUGUCACAGGUGUACAAAUAACUAAUGCUCCCUGGUACUUAACACUGGGGUGAAAUCAAGUGUAAUUUUACAGAGCACUGAACAUUCCCAGUAGCAGAUUUGACCUGGCCCUUCUUUCUUAUUAAGAAAGUGACUGCAUUUAAAACUUACCCAGCUUCAACUACCUCGCCAUGGACAGAAACUGGGAUAAGUUUGAUGCUUCCAAGAAAAUAUUGCACUAGAUAUCUAAAGCCUCAAUCUCUGAAAAUGUGGCCAAACAUUUCCAGAAGCAAUAAAUUUGAGGAUGACUCAAGAUGAAAUGCAACAAGUGAAAAUGUGCUCAUUUAUUAUUGACGUUGGCAGCAGACCAAUUACAAGACAAAUUGUUUAAAGUACCCAAUAAUUAACGGUGUGUUCAGACAUUUGUCUACUGGUGCUUGCAUUCUUGAGGAGAUGUUGCCUUAAAACUGGUGCUAUUUUGAGUAUGACCUACUAAAACUUUGACAUUUCUUUUUCAUCAUUUCUAGCUUCUGCAGUAAUAGUUUUUUUUACUGGUCUCAAAAUUAUGAUUCACUUUCCAUUUAUUCACUGAUCAGUGCAAGAUUAUCAGUAAGCAGCUUUGCAAGCCAUUACUAAGAUAAAAGGUUUCAUCCAUUUUUGAUUUAUAUAUGUAACAUAAAAUCAGGUCUUUUCUAUAAGUGUUUGAAUACUUAUGUCAUAAAAGAA